UUCACAUAUCUAGCUGAAAUCGUGAGCAAUUUUCGUUUCAACACAAAAACUAAAGCAAAGCCUACCUAAAUCGACGUGAUAACAUAAUAACAAUAACAACAAGUGUUUGGGCCCAGUGAUUAAGAAUAGCUAUAGAAUAAAGAAAAACAAAUUGAAGAAACCCUAAGGUGCAGCGUGCUGUGUGGUGCGUGAACCAGACAAGCUGAGAGUGAGUGCAUAAUUUACAGUUGGCCUUCCGCUGCGCAACAACAAAGGCAUCGUGAACGACAACCCACACGCUUACGCACACACUGACGCACUCUCACACACGCGCAUACAGUGUGAAACGGGCAUAUAUACAUAUGCAUAUAUGCGCAUAGAUUGCGAUACCUGCGAUUGUGUGAUUUUUUUUUGUCACCAAUUAACAACAAAUACGUCCGCUUCCACACAUAGGCAGGGACACACACACAUAGACACCCGCGCGCGCCCAAACUAACAAUAAUUUGGAGAUGGGGCUAUUACUGUCGCGUCUCUGGCGUAUGUUUGGCAACGAGGAGCACAAACUGGUAAUGGUUGGCCUCGACAAUGCGGGCAAGACAACAAUAUUGUAUCAGUUUCUGAUGAACGAAGUCGUCCACACGAGUCCCACGAUUGGCUCCAACGUUGAGGAAGUCGUCUGGCGGAACAUACACUUCCUGGUCUGGGACUUGGGUGGCCAGCAGAGCUUGCGGGCCGCGUGGAGCACAUAUUACACCAACACAGAGCUCGUGAUAAUGGUGAUCGAUUCGACGGAUCGCGAACGUUUGGCUGUUACGCGCGAGGAGCUCUAUCGGAUGCUGCAGCACGAGGAUUUGAGUAAAGCCAGCCUGCUCGUCUAUGCCAACAAACAGGAUCUGAAGGGAUCAAUGUCAGCGGCGGAAAUCUCCAGGCAGUUGGAUCUCACCUCGAUCAAGAAACAUCAGUGGCACAUCCAGGCGUGUUGUGCGCUAACGGGCGAGGGACUGUAUCAGGGCUUGGAAUGGGUUGCGCAGCGCAUUAAAAACAAAUGACAGACAGAAAGACAGACGCAGAUGCAGACGCAACUAGCUUAUAGUUAAACAAUUAAUUUAGACAAAUAAAUAAAUUUUUUAUAUAAUUAAUUGUAAAUGUAAAGACAUAACUAAUUAUACGAAUGAGAAAGCGAAUGAGAAGGAAAGCGAAAGCGAAAG